UAAAUACACAGAAGUCUAUCGCAGUAUCAUUAUAUUGAGUGGAUACAUCAAUAAUAUAGAAAAAUGGCAGUCAAAACUAUUGUCCUCUGCGCUCAGGUCCUUCUCGUUCAGUCGGUGUUUGGAAAAACGAUCUACAAUGGAAACCUACCGUUACCCUUCUCUAGUGCAAGCGGUGCUACGGUGGUCGAAAACACCGUCACUGUUAGUAACAAUGCAAUUGGCGGUAUAGGCUUGGCCAACAAUGGUCUAUUGGGUACUGGACUCGGCUUGACCAACGCUGGAUUAAUCGGCUCUGGAGUCGGCUUGGCCAACACUGGAUUGAUCGGCUCUGGAAUUGGUUUGGCCAAUACUGGAUUAAUUGGCUCUGGAGUCGGUUUGGCCAACACUGGAAUUGUAGGCACUGGAGUCGGUUUGGCCAACACUGGAUUGAUCGGUAACGCCAUACUGCCUACUCCCGCCCCUGGAUUCCUCGACUUUGCCACAAUCACCGCUAGAGACAAUCUCCCCGUCUUCAGCUUCUCUCCCAUUGCACCAACUGGUAUCACUGUUGUGUCGGAGAACAUCAUCGAAGGACCAAUAACAGUCGCUGGACAGUUACCGUUCCUGAGCGCUGUAGCGUUCGAAGGUGCUCUGCCGUCUGAAGGCGCGGGCGCUGCUGGUUGCGGUUGCGGCAAUGGUAACAUUGGCAUCAUCAGCGAGAGCUAUGAGCCUAUUCCCCCUGCUCUGGGUGGACUCGGUUAUGGUAAAGGACUUGGGCUUGGAGCCGGUUACGGUCCUGUAGCUGGACGCCUGGCUUAUUAAAUUAAUUCACCACGAUCUGAGCAUUACAAUAAUAAAUAAAUUUGAUUCUGCAAUCAAU